AUGGAACUGCUGCUUGUUACAGCCUUGGCACUGCUUGGAGUGUUUCUGUACAUCCAAAACUUCAGGCUGAAGAGGAGAUACCCACCAGGGCCUCGUGCCUGGCCGAUCGUCGGUAACCUGCGCGAUCUCGCCCGGGGACAACAUCGAGUGUUCGCUGAAUGGCGAGUCAAAUAUGGCGACAUCUUUACUGUGUGGCUCGGCCCUCGGCCCGCAGUCGUGCUGAACGGACAGGACGCUGUGAAAGAAGCUCUGCAGAAACAUGGCGACAUCUUUUCGUCUCGUCCAGACUUGUUCCUGUGGAGACAAACAAUACGCACCAGAGGAAAAGGUGUUGCUACUGCCCCCUACGGUCCCGAGUGGAAGGAGACCCGAAAGGUGGCUCUGACUUGGCUCAACGCCUUCGGGGCAGGGAAGCAGAGUCUGGAGCCGACCAUCGUGCAGGAGGCGCAGGAUCUGGUCCAAGUUUUCAAGGAUAAACAGGGCCAGCCGUUCGACCCAACAGUACCUCUAAGUCUCGCGGCUUCCAACGUGAUCUGUUCCCUUGUGUUCGGCCGGAGGUUCAACCAUGACGACGAACUUUUCUGUCGCCUAAUGGAGCUUCAAAAUCGAUACUUCCGGUCAAAUACGUCAGCUCAGGCGUUGAACGUUUACCCAAUCCUGCGGCACGUCCCGUCUAUCAGGCGGAAGAUGGAGGAGGUGGUGACGUGCAGCGAGGAGAUUCGCAGCUUCGUCAUCGAAGGCAUCCAGGAGCACAGGGAGACCUUUGACCCGAACAACAUCAGGGACGUCAUCGAUGGUUUCCUGCUGGAGGAGCAUCAUGGGAACAGGAUCUUGACCGAACUGCCAGAGGACAACAUCAUCAACGUCAUCAAAAACCUCUUCUUGGCAGGAUCUGACACCACCGCCACCACGCUCCGCUGGGCCCUACUGUACCUGGUUAUGAACCAGGAUGUACAGCGUAAAGUACAGGAUGAGAUCGAUGUGGCGCUUGGAAAACAGACCCCGUCUAUGCUGCUGCGAGACCACCUUCCCUACACGGAGGCGACCAUACGUGAGGCCCAGCGGAUUCGUUCCAUCGCUCCUUCCUCUGUCCCUCACGAAACCACAGCUCCUGCUACCAUCUUGGGACAUCAGAUCCCCGCCGGCACCUUCAUACUGCCCAACCUGUGGUCUCUCCACAUGGACCCGAAGUACUGGCCCGAUCCGGAGAGGUUCGACCCGACCCGAUUCCUGGACGCCGACGGGCAGCUGGCACCGGGGACAGAGUCAUUUUUACCGUUCAGCAUAGGUGAGGCAUGUCCCCGGAGGUGCCUCGGAGAACAGCUGGCCAAGUUCGAGCUGUUCCUCUUCUUCACUUCCCUCUUGCAGCGGUUCACUUUCAAGCUGCCAGAGGGCGCUCCAACACCGGACACUGAGGGCAUUUUUGGGCUCGUGUUUUCUCCGAAGCCUUUCGAAAUCUGUGCCAUCCCUCGAAAUUAA